AUGGCGCAGCCCACAGUGUUUCAGCGAUCAGACGAGGACGUGCCGUCGACCGUCUACGCCAUCCUGCCCGCCGUGAUCCAGAGCCGCAUCCCGCGCCUCAAGAGCCUCCGCCGCACCGUCAGCGGCUUCCGGUACAGCCACGCGCAAUGCCAAAACGUCCAUGUGGCGGCAGGCGAGCAAAUGCCCCCACCGAGCUACACCUCGAGGCCGCCCUCCAGCGCCACCAUGCGCCGCGGGUCAGGCGUCUCCGACAUGUCGGAGGAGAAGCUGGUAGAUGAAAGACGGUCCUCCUCGUCCAGUCUUCCCGGCUACCACCCACUCGACAUGCCAGCUACCGUGAACUGGAAAUAUGCCAGCGAGGGCCUGAGCCAACUCAGCGCAGCGCUCCAGUACUCGAGCGAUAGCGACCCAUCCAUUGCGCGCACCCUCUACAUGCAGGCCUUGACGCUCCUUCUGAAGGGACUGCCGUGCGAUCUGGGCGCGACCGAGAAGAUGUCGAUAGAGUCGUCGCUGCCGCCGCACAUGGUCAAGGUCAUCCACGUCGACGUCUCCAACGGACAGCUCGUGUACCAGGGAAGCCGGCACGUGUCAGAGCCGCAUAGGCCGCCGCCGGAGCCGUCGUGGUUGCAUCGCCUGCUCGCUUCCAGCAUCAUUCAGUUCUUCCUCCUUUUACACCUGCUUUUGCCGUACGUCAAGCUGUUCAUCGGCCACGCGUACCAGUACGAGCGCCAGCACCGGAUAUCCGAGAGAUUGGUCUCGUCGUCGAUCAACACGGUCGACGAGCUGGGCAGGAGGAGCAUCCGCUUCACCAAUGCCAUCUUCCAGAUGAACGAUGGCAAGGUGGGGCAGGCCAUCAACGACCUAACGCUGUGGUGGCUGCGCGGCGUGACGGGCGGGAUCCAUGAGGGCGUGAGUGAAGGAUUCUUGCUGCUGGGGGCGAAUGACAAGUUGUAG